AUGGACCACAAUACCCCUGCUCCUCAGGCCUUCACCGAACUCCUGGCAGAGCACAACCUAGACAUGAGACAGGUGCUGGGCCACCUGGCAGCAAUGGCCACACCCCAGGCAGUCAACCAAGCCCCCAUCAAGACCAAGGCUCCACCACCACACAGGAUCCACCUAGACAAGAUUGACAUCCUCAUCAACAUGGUGCAAGUGCUAGACAAGCACAACACAAACUACAUGGACGUACACAGGUUCUGCAAGCAGCACUACUUCAACCAAGACCUCAACUUGCACAAGUGCAUGAUGCACCAAGCCAACUCCUAUGUCACAGAAGCGACCUACACAUACAUUGUCGCUACCUUCAAUGCCGUGCUGGCAGCAGCACAGUGCAACCUCUAUGACCAGAACAUCAACACAACCAACUACAGGCACCACCACUUCAAGGGGAGGCAGAUGUCAAAGGAGAAGGGGCCCAUUGUGAAGCGCACUUGGUUGAGCUGUGUGCAUCACAAGGCUGAGAGUGAUGAGGAGGAGGAGGAGGAGGAGGAGGGGGACAACAAUGACAGCAAUGGUGAGGAAGAUGAUGAUCAAGCCAAGAAUGAGAAGCUCGUGGCAGAGGUGGUGGAGCUGAAGCAGAAGCUAGACGCCAAGGAGCAGCACCACCACCAUCACAAGAAGCACAAGCGCCCCAACACCCUGGCAGCAGCGGCCUACAAGGACCCCUUGAUGCAAGAGCCAUCAGAGAAGAAGGCCAAAGCAGACAAAACAGUACAUGAACACUAA